AUGGUGCCCUCCCCACCGGCCGUCUACUUUCCAGCUCUGGAUAAAUCUGUCGUUGCUCUCGACUCCGUCACUUCUUCUCCCACACUCGACGCCUUCUUCCAAGAUCCUACCGUUCUCGACAUUCUCGGCGCUCCUCUCACACCUUUCCUGCCUCCUACGUCCCAGUCAAAGUCCGAUUUCGAAACCCGAACUGCCGCCAUCAACGCUGUCCCUUCUAAAUCUGGCCAAUAUGAUAUCAAUCAGAUCAAGGAGGAUGCUUUGUGGUUGUCCAAAGAAGCUAACAUUAAAGAGACGGACGCUCUGAGAAUUGUUCUGGUCGAAUGGCAGCAGCAUUCUGCUUCGCGCAUGCUGGCCGAGUGGUCCCAGGACGAGCGGCUUGGAAUCCAAAACGCCGCUGCGAAUGCCCAUUUCCGCCAAUCCAUUAAUCCUACCCCCGAACCAGAUCAAAAGUCGCUAUUCGAUACUCAGCAACAGAGACGUCCCAGGCUAUUGAAUACCCUCUACGCCGAAAAGUCAAGCAUCUUGGCCUUGUCUGCAUUAUUGACCGGUCUCGCAUUGCCUCAGGAUCUGCAGUCGACCUCUGUCAAUACGAGGGUCUCGCUCCUGGAAGCUGCUCUUGUUGUCUUCCGAACCCAGACAGCGACAUCCAGCCCCUCCUUUUUCUGCAAAUGUGUGGAUGCUCUGGAUAUAAAACUGCAAUCACUCAACCCAGAAUCUUGGUCGGGUUUGCUUUCUGACGACGAGGACCUUGCCAACUCCUACAUAAAAUCCGUCUUUACUCAGCUUGUCCUGAUCUUGCGUCUGGCUUACGUCCACAUCUUCGCCCAAAAUGAGAUCUCUGGAGCGGAACCGGUCGUUCUUUGGUUUUCCCUUAUGGAUGCGACGUAUUUCUUCUCUGCGCUUCCCGAAAGUCCCGAGACUUCAGAUCUGAGCAUUAUCAUUCGGUGCAUGACCUCUCUAAUAUCUCUGGAAGUGCUCAAGGUCAGAGCUACUGUGGAGUCGAUCAACUUACAACCAAAUACUGGAGAUUACCCUCAACUGCCCGGUACAUCCUACAUUGAUGACGAGGCCUGCGUUCGUUUGGUCACCUCUACUCUUCUUGGUGCUGCACAAGCUCAGCUCGGCAUAAGGCAUGCUGGACCUGCCAUACUUGCAUGGAGCAUCAUUGCACAGAGUCUUCGUGGAGCCAUCCUGGCUAGCCGUGCUGAGGCACAAUCUCAGAUUGAAGAUGGUUCCAGCAACGAGACAAAGACGAAGACCGAAAUCUCACUAGACGCGAUUCUAAACGCACAUCCUGUCGAGGGAGAAGACGUCAUUGGCUUCAUGGCCAACGCUGCAGUCGUCGGUCUGCAAACAUUCGACAUGGUGACAUCGCUUUCUGAGUGCCUGCUACUUGCAUUUGGAGCCGACUUUGAUCUCUACGUUGCUGCUUGUGGCAAGAUGUCACUCUUCAGCCUAGUCUCAGCCGGUUAUCAUCUCUUCCAGUACGGUCCCGAUGUGGUCCAAGCAGUGCUAUCAAUCCUAUCUUACGAUACAGUGCCUCCGAAUCUUUCACGAACACGAGCUCGUAAUCCAGUGCAGCCAGUCCAAGCUUUCUUGACUGACGGCAGUGGUAUGGGCGGUAAGUUCUUCGAGCAAGUUAAACAACGCUAUGCUUACGAAGUUCGGCCUUUCCUCAACUGUCUGCUCUCGAUCAGUCAAAGCCGGGCCUCGAAAGAUGGACAAGACUCAGAAAUUCUCGCAAUUCUGGAAAACAUGUCUACACUCACUCAGAUCCUACCAAAGACUUUUGAGAGGAGCUACGAAAACUAUCGAGAAGACGAACUGCAAAAUCACAUCCAGCUUCUUGAUAAAAUUCCACUCUUCGUCCCGAGAGACGGCAGGACUCAUCAUAUGCGUCUCACGUCCGGUAGAGAUGCUGGUCAAGCUAAGACAGACCUGACAAUUCCUCCAGGAACCGUUGGUAUCCUAGCGAACCAAAACAGUCCCUAUGUCGCAGCCGCCGAGAUCAUUGCGCUCGUUGAUUCUCUCGUGUAUGCUGCUGUGAAGGCGGACGAUAUUAAUGCUGCAAAACACAUUCUCGGCCGUUUGAGUUAUGGUCUCGAUAGAAAUGACGAUAUCGUCAGAGUCAUCUUCCAGAUGUUCGAGGAAGAGUUGCAUGCUCAAGUUGAACAACCAGGAUCGGAGGGUUCGUUGUAUCUCUUGGUUCACAUCGUCCGUUUCAUGCAGUCAUUGGUGUCUAUCUACCCGGAAAGAAUCUGGUCGCUUCUGACACGCAGUCGACUGCUCUCUGUUGACGACAAUGUUGGUGGUCUCGCCGCAAUCGUCAGUGCUACGGAGCUGCCUAUCGGACAGUAUGACUUGCUUCGUGCUUGCAUUGGUCUCUUCGAGGGAUUGAUCCAAGAUGUCGCUACCCGUGCUGUGUCGCGCAAGUCCACCACAAAAGCUGUUACUCGCUUUGACGAUCCGGCCGAUGCAACUGGAACCACACCCGAGAAGCUAACUAGUGCAGUACUUGCAGCAUUCCAACGUAUCCUUCUUGACAUUAGCACGCGUAUCCUCAACGCAGCUACCGAUAUUCUCAACUUUGCAUACAGCGUGGAUGACAACAAAGCCGUUGCCGCAAAGUUGACUGGUGUAUUUGCGCAAGCUUCGGAAGAUCUUCUCAAGGUGUAUCUGGCAGAUAGUCCUCAUUCUCUGACUUUCCAUCCACUCCUGAACAUCCUCACCUCGGGUCUUGCUUCGAUCAACCCCGGACCUCUCGAAAAUGAGAGAUCAAUCAGACUCCAGACUAAUGCAGCCUUGUCUUUCUGUUCAACAAUCCUCGAUGUUGGCUCACUCACUGAUCGCAAGGCUGGUUAUCUCACCAAGAACCUCCUGCAAUCUAUGCCUCUGCUUGCGCGUCUCUUUGCUGCUCAACACUCUUACAAAGCAUCAGUCGCUACCCUAUUCACAAGCGUUGUUCGCACUUUGAACCAGUCCGAGUCGGAACCAGCUUCUCUUCUUGGUCACUUGAGCCCGGAAGCCGCAAAGAGUUUCCUGACCGUCCUUGCAGAGCUGGACCAGCCUUUGCAAGACAUCAAUGUGGAAUGCGCAAUCUGGGAGAUGUUCUCGGCUGUUGUCAGUAACAAACAACAAUGGCUUUCUAUCUGCUUGCUUACUGGCACCACACCUCGUGAUAGACUGAAGGCUACUGAGAAGAGCGAGGCUACUGGCAGCAAAGCUUUACUGAAGCAUGCCUUAGAUCAACUGGCUGACAUCAAGAACAUCUCUCCCAAACGGGCAAUGGCUAUCUUGAAGUUCGUUGCUUCGGCACAAGACCAGUGGGCUUGGGCAACACACGGCAUUGGUAAACAUACCGAUUUUCUCAAGAGCGCAGCAGACUGGCUCGCGGAGAUUGAACCAAACAGCAAGCAGUCUGAUCUGGAGAGCACCGUCCGAUAUGCCAACGAGAUCAAGAUGGCUUCUUACGCUUCAGACAUUCUUGCCCGUUACCUUCACAACGCACGCCAGAUUGGCGAUACGACAACCGCAAAGAAUGUUGCCACUAAGCUGCAAUACCUCACUGAACAUGGAGUUGCAGUGAAUGCAUACAACCACUCGCUACACAAGAACCUAGCCAAGAACUUUGCGAUCAAGUUCCCGCAAUGCAAGCUUGAAAAUUUCAAGCGCACUUCUCUCCAGCAAGCAGAUUUCGGUCGUGAUUACUACUACGAUCGCAAAAUUGCUAGCCGAAUGCUGGACUUUGAAUCAUCCUGGAGUGGUCGCAAUAAUCAAGGAUUUGUCGAAGAAGUUGCAAGAGCCAAUGUCAACCUGUCGUUGGUCGAAGCCCAAGUCGAUCUUCUCAAGAGCUGGAAAGCGCUGGCUAUCAUGCUCGGCACAUUCGCUGAGGACAUUCCAUCGCUACAGAAAGACCUUGCAACCGUUGUUCAGAAGUCACUUGCUGCAAACAUGGAAGCAUCUAUCCCAGCCGCGUUGUUCGAUAACAUCGCACAAACUCGCGCUGACCUAGCAUUUGCUGUUGUUCGCGACUUGCUCCCUACAGCUUGGGAUAUUGUUCGAACUUCGAAUCAGGACUUUGAGGUCGCCUCCACUCCUCGCGAUGUCGAGUACUACCGCACGCUGCUACGUACUCUCUUCCUCGCGCUCCAACCUCAGGUUUACAACCCUGUUCAGAAAGAGAAGCGAUCGGCUCCAGUCGUCCCUGUGAUCCCUCUCGAGAUCCUCAAGGCCGUACACAAGAACUUCAGGGCACUGUGCAGCAAUGUUCAUGCCAACCCUGAAUCAGUUCAGCCAGCAGACUUUGUGCUGUUGACAGCUUUGCUUCAAAGUAUCCUCCGCAUUCCUGGUAUUGCUUCUGCGCAUUCGACUAUUGCCACUAGCUGUGCUGAUGCUGGCACUAUUCGCUAUGCUACAAGCCUGUACUCGUGGUCUGAUCGUCUUGUGACACCUGACACAGUCGACCCUGUCUACGGUGAACUCGCUAUCCUGUUCUUGCUUGAGCUUUCGUCCAUCACUUUUAUCGCAGAACAGAUGGCAGUCGAAGGCGUGCUAUCGCGUCUCUCAUCCGCCAAUCUGUCUCACUACCUCCGCAACAUGAAUGGCAAGGGUCCCUUCGACGAACCUGUUCGCGUCUUCGCCAUCUGGUCAAAGGGCAUACUUCCUUUGUGUCUGAAUCUCCUCGAAGCAGUUGGUCCACCAAUUGCCGCUGAGAUUGGUGCUUUCCUCAACAGUUUCCCUGCCCAGCUUCGCCGUGCUGAAACAGAUCUGGAGAACAAGCAACCUUCUCUCCGCCACCAAUUCGCCGGUUACAUCACACUCGGACUUGCAACCGAGACACACUCUCUUUCGCUCAUCUCUCUCAUCCUUGAACGACUACGAACAGUCGGAGCGAGCUCUGGUGCUUCGGCUGCCGAGAUUCCUAGUUUGGAAUUCGAUCGUGCCAAUGCAAAGGAACAGGUCGAGACCAUUUUGCGCACUAGACGUAAUUUGCGUGAGCGCAUCACGCCUAUUGGUGAGCGUGAGACCGAGUGGGCCAGACAGAAGCCCGCUGUCGCCGCUAAAGACAUUGAGAACAAGCUCGAGGAGAGAGUUGUCGAUGAAUUCGAAGCUGCUCUUGUUUGUCUGACCGGUUAG